AUGCUAAUAACUGUGUUGUGCUCUCUCAGGCCCCAGUACUACAAGGUGAUAGAGGAAUGUGUGUCUCAGGUGGUCCUCCAUCGCAAUGGGAUGGACCCAGACUUCGGAUACAGGGAGAGACUGGAUGUAGACUUCACCCACCUCAUCGGUAGGUCUGCCAGAGCUCUGUGUUUCCUCUGACAUUUAGAAGGGUGAAUUUGCACCCAGUAGGUAACCACUAUACAUUGAAUUCAUGUCAUUAUGAACACAUUUUAAACCGUUUCUGGUUUUGCAUCCUAGGUUGCCCUCAAACCAGUUUCCGGUUUCUGGUUUUGCCUCCUAGGUUGCACUCAAACCAGUUUCUGGUUUUGCCUCCUAGGUCGCCCUCAAACCAGUUUCUGGUUUCUGGUUUUGCAUCCUAGGUUGCUCUCAAACCAGUUUCUGGUUUCUGGUUUUGCAUCCUAGGUUGCCCUCAAACCAGUUUCUGGUUUCUGUUUUUUUCCUCCUAAGUUGCACUCAAACAAGUCUCUGGUUUCUGGUUUUGCCUCCUAGGUUGCCCUCAAACCAGUUUCUAGUUUUCUGUUUUCUGUUUUUUUCCUCCUAGGUCUCCUCAAACCAGUUUCUGGUUUCUGGUUUGCCUCCUAGGUUGCACUCAAAACAGUCUCUGGUUUCUGGUUUUGCCUCCUAGGUUGCCCUCAAACCAGUUUAUGGUUUCUGGUUUCUGGUUUUGCCUCCUAGGUUGCCCUCAAACCAGUUUAUGGUUUUGCCUAGGUUGCCCUCAAACCAGUUUUUAGUUUCUGGUUUUGCCUCCUAGGUUGCCCUCAAACCAGUUUCUGGUUUCUGGUUUUGCCUCCUAGGUCGCCCUCAGACCAGUUUCUGGUUUUGCAUCCUAGGUUGCCCUCAAACCAGUUUCUGGUUCUGGUUUUGCCUCCUAGGUUGCCCUCAAACCAGUUUCUGGUUUCUGGUUUUGCGUCCUACGUUGCACUCAAACCAGUCUUUGGUUUCUGGUUUUACCUCCUAGGUCGCCCUCAAACCAGUUUCUGGUUUCUGGUUUUGCCUCAUAGGUCGCCCUCAAACCAGUUUCUGGUUCUGGUUUUGCCCCCUAGGUCGCCCUCAAACCAGUCUCAGGUUUCUGGUUUUGCCUCCUAGGUCGCCCUCAAACCAGUCUCUGGUUUCUGGUUUUGCCUCCUAGGUCGCCCUCAAACCAGUCUCUGGUUUCUCGUUUUGCCUCCUAGGUCGCCCUCACCUACAUAUUGUACAGGCAGAAAGAAAAGAUGGAAACACGAGUUUGAAUCAGUCAAAUUUUUUUAUAUGCUAGUCUUGUGAUUCAGUAUACAUUAUAUUUUGUCUCCAAAUCUCUCUAAAUCAUCCUCUGACAUAUUUUUUUGUUUAACCACGGACACAGUGGGGGAUGUCGCAAUAUUCCGUAGCCACUCUAUUAUUAUCUUUCCACAUCCCCUCCCCCGAGAGCCUACCCAGAAACACCUGCAGCUGCUUGACAUAUAUAAGAUAAGGUAGUCUAAUUACGCAUAAAUAAUGCAUUAUCUGUUAGGUGUGACUGUGGCACAUCAUGUCUCAUCAUAAGCACAUGGAGAUUUCACAACAUUUUCACUCAGCUGAAGACAUUCAUCAGCAGUGUUUCAUGAAUCAUAGAGGAAACAAGGUCUAUUUGCCUUAAAUUAGAUAUGCAAUCAUUCAUUGUCUUCAAAUAGAAACAAAAUCAUGAAAUAACUGAGGUCUCAUUCUUUUUUUUUGUUAGUGUCACUAACAGUUCUGUGACUUGCCAACAAAGGCUCAUUAAAAGUUUCCAAGCCCAUCCAUGAAGAAAAAAAAACACACUCAUGUUAGAUUUUCUAACUUUUUUUCUAUCACUGUGCUUUAAUGAGUUGAAAAGAAAUGUUUCGGGGCUUAGUUUUUUAAAAUUAAGGUCAGCAAACCUGCCGAACAGAAUACAAAUCCCCCAGGUGCCCCCUCCCCCCCCUUUCUUCUUCGCUAAUUUCCUCUAUUUCCUCUCUCUCUCUUUUGCAAUAUUAACUUUACGUUUGAUUUGAAAUCUUAAAUAGGAUGUUAACAAUGUACAGUAUAAUUGAGAAAAUCUGAGUCACUUCAUGGUUGCUUACUGUCGUUGCUGCCGUCUGUCCCCUUUUGUCUUACAGAUCAGUGCGUGGAUAAAGCCAAAGUGGAUGAGAGCGAACUGAAGGCUGCUGAGUUCUCCAAAAAGGUGAGGUAUAAUGCAUCAACCUCUCAACACCAUUGGUAUGCCACCACCACACUCCCAUCAGAAAAGUUUUUCCGCCUAGAGCUCCCAGACUGGCUAUUGAUUUCUGGGCCCUGAUCAAUAGCUGGCAACAGAGGUACAUGAUCUGUCUCAGUUUUGCAAGGAUCAAUGCUGAUGCUCCAACAUAUACUUGUUUGUGUCCGCGACGGGGUGCGAGUUACACUAUGUACAGACACUGUUCAGAACCCUUUAUUGACCUGUCAUUGCAAUAGGGGGCCUUCAAAGAACCAGUUUUCUCAUGUAUUAACUUUUUACUUUAGGUGCUUUUUUGCAUCAAAGAAACAUCGGAGAGGAAAUAAUUCUGAGAUGUGUUUUAUGAAUUACAUUUUAAAGUAAAAGCUACAGUGUUGAGGAAAGAUUGGACUCUCCUCUCAUCCACUCAGCCCAAUAUGAUAGCCUAACUCCUGAUACUUUUAGGUACUUUAUAACUGGGUUGCAGUACUUGAGUAGCCUACUUUAUUAAGCAUCCACACUCAUCUUCAAAGGAAGGAAAAAAUCACUUUAUUCCAAUGUAAUGAUAGACAGUACAUUCAAUCAGUUGACACUGUAUAUUUUUCAGUACACAACCAAUACUGUGUGAGUCAUUGGUCGUUCCAACAGAAUCCUCCAGAAGUGUUGUGACUCAAACCUUUAUGUCUGAUUAAAGGCAAGGUACUCCGGUUUGGUACUCCAUGGUACUCAAGGUACUGCUCUAUAAAGGCCUGGUACAGUAUCACCACCCCGCAGAUGCCCUCACUCCCCACAACAUCCCUGCCUCUGUGUAGGGGACAUACAAUUUACAAUUUAUUCAUUUAGCAGACACUUUUAUCCAGAGUGACUUACAGUAGUGAGAGCAUACAUUUUUGUACAUCUGAGGCGUCCUGGAUGUGAGUGGAAUGAGAGCAGUGACCGCCCCUGCGGUGACAUUGAAAACAUUGUCCUGACACGGGUUGCUUUCCCACAAAGGUUAGGUCCGUCACCAACACAUGAAAGCCAGACCCAAAACACAGACAGAAGACGACAGGAUAAAGGGCCACCAAAGGCCUAUGAAUAGAGAUGGGGGACAAGUGCGUGCGAAGGCUGUGUGUUUCGGUGUGUGUUGACGUGCCCCGCGGUAGGCCGUUCUCUUGAGACGCCCUGACCAGAGUGUGUGUCUGUGUGUGUGUGUGUGUGUGUGUGUGUGUGCUGUGUUGAAUUUUUGCAGUUCGAUGAGGAGUUCAGUGCUCGGCAGGAUGCCCAGGCCGAGUCCCAGAAGAAGGAGGAGAAAAUCAAAGAGCUGGAAGGGCAGAUCUGCAACCUGAAGACCCAG